CGAAAAGUGAGCGGUUCGAGUCUUUAAUCGUAGUGGUGAAUGCAAGUGCAGUCAGGAAUUAAAGUCAAUAAAUCAUCAGCGAUCGGCUGUUUUGCAUUUGCGAGAGUGCUCUGCGCUGAAAGUUAUACGAAUUAACUAAAACUGCGUUUCGCGUGCCCGAAUCAUCGACGAAUAAAAGCAAAAAGGAGGUGCGCAAACAAAGCUCUUGCCGCCAAACGAGCAGCUGACGAAUUCGUGGGAAGAAACGUGCGCAAUUAACGCCGGAUUUGCGUUUUAUGUCACUGGGAGUGGAAAUGCCGCUUGUAUACCCAGUUUCAAUUUGACAUUCGGAAACUACUCUUUUUUUGUGCUUCGUUUCGGUCCCGUUCCAUUAGUUUUAGCUUUUUGUGUUCUUCUUUGCUCUUUCUUCGCGUGCUUCGUUGUUUUAAGGAAAUCCUUCCCGGUGUAUUACCGUUCGGUGGUGCAAACACCUGGUAAGGGGUCAGGAUUCCGCGGAAAAGCAUAACAAAAUUACUCGGUCCACUUUAAUCGUUGUGUUUUUGUGCGAUCUUCUUGUUUCAGUAUAACACGGAUUACAAAAAUUAAACGCAAAACGAAACAAAUUGCAAAUGUUUAAUGUUCUUGAGGGCAAAACAAUUGCAGUGAUUACAUAUUUUAUUUGACCCCAAAGCCUGGGGUCUUUCCUAAAUCGUGUCUAAAUUUUCAAAGUGUAUGAAAUAUACUAUACGGCAUUUCCUCCGUUUUACGUUUAAAUUGAAUAAGAAAUUGAACGAAUAAGAAGAUUCACUGAAAAGAGCAAGUUGCUGCCUCCUGCUCACUGAUUUGCACCCAUCCGCUCCCCCUUCUACUAGUACAACUACUGCUACUAGCACCACUAAACCAACAUCACCAAACCACCAGCACCACCGUCGCGAACGUGUGUCGUGUGCAAUGUUAGUGUCUCUCGAACUAGCCAAGUGACCAGCACAGCGCAUAGAAUAUAUUGUCUAUUAAAAUCCAAUGCGUAUUGAAAAAUAAUCAAAUAGAUACCAAAUCUUUUUGUUGACAUUCAAUGUGAGAAGUCAUAAUCCCUAAGCCUUAGAUGAAUGUCAAAUUUUAAUUUAUUAGAGUGCUUCGACCAACGAAUUUAAUUUCUGUGGAAUAUCCAUUGAAUUGCCAGCCAAUUAAUUGCCCGAUUUCAAGUGAAUUUGUGCUCUCAUAAAUUAUCAGAAGAAGAAUACCCAUCUAUAAAUAAAUAACUGUAUCGGAUAUAGUAUACUUAUUUUUAGUUUUUGUUUUGAUUUUGGGUUGCCUAUCGUAUAUGGCUCAGUUACCACAUUUUAAUUUUUAAAAUAGUUUGCCCGUUACUAAACGUUGCCAUCGAGCCGAAAUCAUUAACCACAAUUUAUAGAAGGCGCCAGCGCUGAAUGCGGCCCCACAUGAGUUGGUUCCAUUAAAGUGGGUAGCGACCAUGAUGUCCUGCCCCCUUCCCAUGCAAUUACCGAUACCGAUACCUUCAAUACACAAAACAGAAUUUGCACCGGUUCACAUUGGAGUCAAGCGCGGAAGCGACGAACUUUUGAGUCAAGCAGCAGUCAUGGCGCCCGCUUCCGACAAUAACAAUCAGGACCUGGCCACAAAGAAGGCCAAACUGGAGCCGGGAACCGUGCUGGCCGGUGGAAUUGCCAAGGCCUCCAAAGUCAUCCAUUUGCGCAACAUUCCAAACGAGUCCGGUGAGUCGGAUGUGAUUGCCCUGGGCAUUCCGUUCGGACGUGUGACAAACGUGCUGGUGCUUAAGGGCAAGAACCAGGCGUUCAUCGAAAUGGCCGACGAAAUAUCCGCCACGUCGAUGGUGUCCUGCUACACAGUCAAUCCGCCCCAGAUGCGCGGACGCAUGGUCUACGUGCAGUUCUCGAACCAUCGCGAGCUAAAAACGGAUCAGAGUCACAAUAACUCGGUUGUCCAGAGCGACUACCGCAUCCAGUCUCCGGCGGCCGGAUCGCCCCUACCCCUCUGCGCCGCUUCCAAUGCGACCAGCAACAAUGCCAACAGCUCCGGCGACAGCAACAGCAGUGCCGUGGGCAUCUUGCAGAAUAACUCGAGCGCUGUGAACGCAGCCGGCAACAACACGAAUUCCGCCGGCGGACCCAACACGGUGCUCCGCGUGAUCGUGGAGUCGCUGAUGUACCCCGUCUCCCUGGACAUUCUGCACCAGAUCUUCCAGCGCUACGGUAAGGUGCUGAAGAUCGUUACCUUUACCAAGAACAACUCAUUCCAGGCCCUCAUCCAAUAUCCGGACGCCAACUCCGCCCAGCAUGCCAAGUCGCUCCUGGACGGGCAGAAUAUAUACAACGGCUGCUGCACCCUGCGCAUUGACAACAGCAAGCUGACGGCGCUGAAUGUAAAGUACAACAACGACAAGUCGCGCGACUUCACAAACCCCGCGCUGCCGCCGGGUGAACCGGGGGUGGACCUCAUGCCCACCGCCGGCGGACUGAUGAACACCAACGAUCUCCUACUGAUCGCCGCCCGGCAGCGGCCUUCUCUCACAGGUGAUAAAAUAGUCAACGGCCUAGGCGCCCCGGGUGUUCUGCCGCCCUUUGCCUUGGGCCUGGGCACUCCGCUGACCGGCGGCUACAGCAACGCCCUGCCCAACUUGGCCGCUUUCUCGCUGGCCAACAGCGGCGCCCUGCAGACAGCCGCUCCUGCCAUGCGCGGCUACUCGAAUGUUCUGCUUGUCUCGAAUUUAAAUGAGGAGAUGGUCACGCCUGAUGCUCUCUUUACCCUCUUUGGUGUAUAUGGCGAUGUGCAACGUGUGAAGAUUCUGUACAACAAGAAGGACUCGGCGCUCAUACAGAUGGCGGAGCCCCAGCAAGCUUAUUUGGCCAUGUCUCACCUUGAUAAAUUACGUUUAUGGGGCAAGCCGAUACGUGUAAUGGCCAGCAAACACCAGGCCGUGCAGCUGCCCAAGGAGGGGCAGCCGGACGCCGGACUCACGCGUGACUACUCGCAGAAUCCGCUGCACCGUUUCAAGAAACCGGGCAGCAAGAACUACCAGAACAUAUAUCCGCCUUCGGCGACACUGCAUUUAAGUAACAUUCCCUCGUCCUGCUCUGAGGAUGACAUCAAAGAAGCCUUCACCUCAAACAGCUUCGAAGUCAAAGCAUUCAAAUUUUUCCCGAAGGACCGCAAAAUGGCGCUGCUGCAGCUGUCGUCCGUGGAGGAGGCCGUUUUGGCGCUGAUCAAGAUGCACAACCACCAAUUGUCCGAGUCGAACCAUCUGCGUGUGAGCUUCUCCAAGUCGAACAUCUAGAAUCCGAUCCGAAGUCAGGUUUACUGAACCUGACUGGGUGCCUCCGGCGGCUACAGCUACAUGCAGAUGCACCUGCAGCAACACCUACAGAUCUAUUGGCAGCAACAAA